AGGAACAAGGAAUAGAGAUUGCCGGAGCGCACACAGACGCCCGCCCCCCUUGGGGCAGCACAGGCUCCUCCUGGCUCCGAUGUUCACCUCUUGAGAUGAUCCGCAGGUCUUGCUAGACCAGAAAGUUCACAGAGGGUUACUCCACACACUUGCUCGUCCGUACAAUCGUUUGAGUGGAUCGCUUUCCAGGUGUCACGAUCAAAAAUCGAGCGUCACGAACCCCAGACACAGGGCAAAGUGAAUCGUGUAUGUAUGUAAGUACAGACAGUAAUAUUUGUUUCACGACUUGAAAAAAGUGUAGAUGUAGUUAGAGCGGCUUACGACUUGAAAAAAGUGUACCAGAUCCAGAAGCGAUUGUUUUACAAUAAAGAUAGUUUUCUGACAUGUAUAAUAGCUAAGACCCGACGACGUUUGACCUUGUGACUCUGUUCUUGCAAAAAGAAGUUGUUACUUCUACAAAUAGACCGAAAACAUUACUAAACAGAAGCGAUUGGAGUUGGUAGGAACAUAAGUUCACAGCAGAGCGACACUUACUAAAUUUUAUUUACCGUACUAGAGAAGUACUAGAACAAGUACACUGAAAUUAAACAAAGAUCAAAACUUCACAAUCAUGACCAAGAACUACAUGUGGACUGCUCCAAGCUGCUGCACUCGUCCCCUUGCGCUGUUGCUGCGCACAACGGCGCUCCUGGUGGGCGGGUUUUUGCCCAGCGGGAACAAAGUCUCCGGGACGGGCGUAGUGCCUGGUGGUCGACGUUCUUCACCGCACAGGCCGCCGCUCUCGGCGUUAGCUACAUCUACUGGUCGCACAAAAAAGGGAAGCAUAAGCAAUGGGCGUCGUGGUCGUGAGGACCACGGAACAACUUCUAAAAACUCCUCGACAAGGACCCCGUCUGCCAAUAGCUUGGGAUCUAGAUCUACCUCCGCUGGCAGCUCAGGUUCGGAUCGUCGUCCCAAUGGGACAAAUUCUGGGCGGACUUCUAAGUCGGCGUCGGCAACACGUACACGUACACUCGUUCCCGCCACAGCCUCAUCUCCACCUGCGCAGAAGAUGAAAAACCAAUACGACCUGGACGAUAAAAAUGGAGAUGUUGCCCUCCUGCAGGACAUUGAGUUGAGAGCACUGAAGGAAUGGUACGUCGCGGCACAGCACGAGUCUGAUACGAUUACGCCGAAGACCAGAGCAGCAUUGGAGCGGGAGUUCGAACUUCUCGUGUUUUCCCCCGUCUACAAGCGGAUCAUGCCCCCGCGCGAGUUACAAGCCAAACGGGAAAAACUCUCAGCCGUGCAGCUGCCGGAUGAAGAGGCUCGUCGCGCCAAGCAGGCCCGCGAGGACCCAGCACCUGCUGCAUCUACGACUUCUUUCGAGGGCUCGCUGUGUCCGAGGAAGAGCAUUACGCUAAUCCUCGCAGACGUCAACAGAGCGACGUGGGCCGGUCAGUUUGCGACGAAAGAGGACUUUCGGAGAAUUUUUCUCGUCAAUAAUUCUUCCGGAGAACAUGCGCAAAAAGAGCCCUGCUUGGCUCCGUUAUACAAAGACCUGAUCAAAUUUAUCCUGCUUGCUGCCUGUUCGAAGUGGCACGACUCUUCCUGGCUCGGCGGCCAGGAGGGUCUUCACAUGAAAGAACAGAGUGGGAGUCAGAGUCUUCGUUCCGAAGAUGAAAUGUUAAAUGGCGAACGCGAGAUGAACUCAACUACUCUUCUGGAAGAUGCGUUGGACACACUAAACCUAUCCACCGAUACAUCUAACGCCAUCGGGCCCGUCGUGGGCUUUGCCUCACAGGGAGACGUCUACGUGGCAGAGACGGUGGUCUGGGAAGCGUUCCUGGCGGAGGCUGACCGUGUGAGGAAAGAAGAUGCACAGAUUGAUGGUCGCAGGGGCGCACGAGACGAAAAAAAAGAUUUGGCCGAGGCAGGAAUAAGCCCCGCGACGGCUGUGCUUUUGCAGCUCUUCACGCGUCACCCACUGCUGGACAGAACAGCGCCCCUUCUCGACGGGGCCGUCGAAAAAUAUGGGGUUCUCAAACGUUACAUUCUCAACUGUUACAUGAAUUUGUCAUGCAAAAGCACCAUUAUCAUUCUCACGAUCAAGCUGCUCCGCAUGACAAAUUUGCGGAGGGCUAAAUAGCACUAUAUUCUGUCCCAAAUCUGUAAUGCAAAAGGCGCAAUCUUCCUCCUUUCACUUUUGCCCUUCUUGCAUUGCAAAUUCGUGUAACAGUUGAGGAUGUAACAGUUGAGAACGCCAUAAAAAAUACCUCCACUGGGCGGUGGGAGAUAUCAUGGACAAUAAAACGAAGGGAACUACGGCUACGCGGGGGGAUAUGGAUGUGUCAGAGUUGAAAUCGACAAAGUUGAAAUAAUUUGUCAUGCAUAAAAUGGACGCCAGUCGGAAGCCAGUUUCCAUAUGGCGAUGUCAACUAUCUCAACAAAAAGAUUCUCAAAAAUUUUUGAUUAGGUGCAUGAGUUAACUAUUUACAAAGAGGCGCUUUUAGCUAUUAAACUAGCUAUUUGAAGCGCAUGCAUUAGAUAGAUCAGUGAAGUAGGUACCUUCCUGGUCCGCCGCUCUGCUACUUUCCGGACUUGAUCUCCGACAACUAAUGAACACGGAAGCCCAUGCGCGACCCUCUGGGGCCACCCUCUGGGAGGGCUGAGGAAGAAGGGAAGUGAAGCAUUUUUUUAUGGUCUGAGUACGUUGUUAAUUCCCGAUGGUAUGGCGAAAAAAGUGCUGGGGGCUCAGGGAAACUUUCUCACACCUAUUUCGAGACCCCUCUGGAGGUACCCUCAGAGGUACCCCUCAGAGGUGCCCUCUGUGAGGUCAAACCAACCUUCGAAGAGUCCGGGAGGCAACAGAUCGGGAGACCAGGAAGCUACCUACUUCACUGAUCUAUCUAAUGCAUGCGCUCAGGCUAGCUACUGGAGCACAUAAAAAGUAAUUACAUCAAUAGGCAUCUUAAGUAGCUAUCCAAAAAUUUUUGAGAACGUUUUUGUUGAGAUAGUUGACAUGGCCAUAUUCCAAGUGGCGCAUGACAAAUUUCGGUGGUCCCUAAUUCCAGUUUGUCAUGCUGUUUAGGCAAAGAAGAGCGAUUUUCUCAUGCUACUUUAGCAGCUCGAGCUGGAACCCCAAACAGGCUUACAAUCGGCCUCACUUGCCUGCCCUGCAACACACGUGCCUCGGGUCAUGCAUUUUACGCAUUACAAAUCAUUUCAACUUUGACGAUUUCAAACCUGACGCUCCCAUAGGGGACUACUCGGGAGCAUCAACGUCGUGGUCUUCUUCGCGCGAGCAGAGCACAAUCGUCCCAGCUGGUGCAGCACAGCAACUCGUUGGCCUGCCGCUCGUAUUGAAGCACUUCGGGGAAAAACUGGCCGCACACGGGCCGCAGCCGAUCCAGAAGUGGCGGGAUUUGCUGUGGAGCAAGCUCCCCAAUGACUACCGAAAGAGGAUGCCAAGCAUCUUUCAAGCAUUUUUCGACACCACCGACGUCGAAAAUAGUGAUCUUGCCUUACAGACAAUUUGGGAACUUCAGUGGCGGCACGUGUGCCAAACCCAGUGGCUGGCGACCGUCCGUCCCGAUCUCCUGAUUCGGUCCGGAUUGUGGGACCAACUUCUGCAGCACACGCGCGAAACGCAGAACCCCGUCCUGGUGUCAAUCGCGUUGACGUUGAGUCUGGCGGGGUGGUACAAAGUGGGGGUCGGUGGAACUAUCAACGAGGUCAGGGGUCCGACGAAAGAGGCCUUUCAAAGAUUAACGCAGCGGGACUUGUCAAAAGUCAAAAAGGCGUUGGAGACCUACGUGACGAGCCUCCGCACAAGCAUCGGCACGCCACACCGACAGGAGUUGUUUCUAAACCAGCUCCGGGGAGGCAUCUUCGAGGCGCGACAGCAGGCUCUGCGGCUUGUUGUGCUCGCCCGGGUGGAGGGGGCGCAAGACUCCUUGCCAGGAGGAGCAGCUCAAGAAUUAUCUCUACUUCGUGAGCAGCAGGCCGAGAGGGCUAAGGAAGCGGCGUGGACGGUGCGAAACGCUUUUGUCCAGCAGAUUGAAAGCAUGUUCGCGGCUGUGGCUCCGUCUACGUGGAAGCAGCGGUUAGGGAAUAUGGUGCGCGGUCGAGGAGAUUCCAGUACAACUAGGAAUGUGCUGCCCAACUACGCAAACGCUACGCCCCCCUCCUCGAGUACUCGAGGUCAACAUGGAACUACACCUAGCGCGCAGAGUAGACAUCAAGAUCCUUGUGAAGAUCGGGGGUUUUUUAGUAUCUUCUCCUCGAGAUCGUGUCGCAGGAGAAACCCCGCGCCAGUUUCCGGGCCCCCCUCCUCGGCCAUCUCAUACACGGCCGUUCCAGGGGCUGGAGAGACCGCCCCUGAAGCGUGACGAGGAAAAAUUUCGCGGGUAAAUGAUUGAUGCGGAAUAACCUGCUCCAGCGGAGUCUUCUUCCUCGUUUUGUUCUUGGGCAGAGGCGAGUUUUUUGUCGACAACCUGCGCGGCUGCAUUUUAUUUCGCACGACCCGGCUGCAACAGGCCCAAUUCCUUUUCGUCAGAUUAAAUUCUACGGGUGCAGCUUGUAGUUCCGGCGGGUCUGCUUUUAGUCUUCCACCGCCGUGGUCGACCGACAAGAGGGGCAAGAAUUUUUGCGACCGAAGGAACAAUGUCGAAUGUCGCAACAUCUGUAGAAGUCCUACCAAUUAAUUUUCUAUACGUAACAUCUUUGGCGAGAGGUUGUAGUGCGUGAAGGAUUGACCAAAGAAAAAAAAGCUGUUGCUGAAGAACUUAUGAUUUGUGAAGUGUUUUCAGUUUUCUGUCAUACUUUUGUGCUGUGUGUAUGAUGAGUGGAGGCGGGCGAUCCGGCUCUUCCGGUGGAAAAUUGUUGGAGGUUUUAUGGUAAUUUAAAGAGUUGUUUAUGGAAGGUGAGUUCCUGUCUAAGGAACUACCACCCACCAGCUGAACGAUUUUGUGAACAAUUUUCGGACAUGAUAUUAGUACUUAACUAUCUAGUACUUGUGAGAACCAACAUAGAAGUGGACCGUCACCGUGUAUGAUGAAGAAGUGCAUGAUGAGCAAUCCUGUACGAAGUUUGUUUGUUUGUAGUUAUGCGUCAAGGUGGGAACGCGUUUACUCACCUUUUUUCUCUAGCGCUAUUUCAAUAAAAAUCCUCUCCGGCACCAGAACCAGAAGCGCUGAAAAAACCCGGGACUACUACUGCUCUUGUGCUUUCUUAAAAAGUAAAGGUAAGUAAGACUGACUAAGAAUAGCUGCUAACUCAAAGUUCUUAUUGUAAUGAAAGAAAUCAUCGCACGUAGUUCUUAUUGUAAUGAAGAAAUCAUCGCAUGUAGGAUGUAAUGUGAAAAAUUUGGAAAUAACAGUCCGUAGCAUUAGCGUGCUUAUCUGUCACUUGGACUCCAAGUUGCGCAUCUAUGGUGAAAACGAUGAAGGGACCAUGUUAGCAAAAUGCUUUUCAUGAUGGCGCGCCAUCAUGAAAAGACGAUGUUGAAGAAUGAAGAAGUGAU